AUUUCUUCGGUGAUUCAAGUUUCUGCUUAUAAGUAGGAGACUUACAAUCGGCCAAAAACCUCUGAUUCGAACUAGUAUCAAAGCCAGAGUAUUUGUAGACAUGUCGGAAAAAAUGGUUCCUCUAGAUGGAGAAACACAAAAGAAACGAGUGUGCUACUUCUUUGAUUCAGACAUAGGUGGAUUUCAUUAUGGUCCUGGACACCCAAUGAAACCGACAAGAAUACGAAUGUGCCACUCACUCGUUAUGAACUAUGGCCUUUAUAAAAAGAUGGAAAUUUUUAGAGCGAAGCCUGCUACAAAGCGGGAAAUGACACAGUUCCACUCGGAUGAAUAUGUUGAAUUCCUCAGUCGCAUCACCCCCAGCAAUAUGAAUUCUUAUAUCAAAGAACAGCACAAGUAUAAUGUCGGUGACGACUGUCCUGUAUUCGAUGGAUUAUUUGACUACUGUUCUAUAUCCGCUGGUGGUUCUAUGGAGGGUGCAGCUCGCCUUAGUCGGGAUAAGUGUGAUAUCGCUGUCAAUUGGGCGGGUGGUCUUCACCAUGCUAAGAAAAGCGAAGCAAGUGGUUUCUGCUAUGUUAAUGAUAUCGUAUUGGGCAUCCUUGAGCUCCUACGAUACCAUACUAGAGUACUUUAUGUUGAUAUCGACGUUCACCAUGGGGAUGGCGUAGAAGAAGCAUUCUAUGCUACUGAUCGUGUAAUGACUGUGAGUUUUCACAAAUAUGGAGAAUAUUUCCCAGGUACUGGGGAACUACGGGAUAUUGGCAUUGGCAAAGGGAAACAUUAUGCGCUCAACUUUCCCUUUCGGGAUGGUGUUUCCGAUGAAAAUUAUAAAAAUGUUUUCGAGCCAAUUAUUGGUCAAGUAGUAGACUCGUAUAGACCAUCCGUUAUUGUUUUGCAAAGUGGCACAGAUUCGCUAUCAGGAGACAAACUCGGUUGUCUAAAUCUAUCAAUGCGAGGCCAUGCCAAUUGUGUGAAGUUUAUCAAGUCGUUCAACAAGCCACUAUUGUUGCUAGGAGGUGGAGGUUACACGAUGCGGAAUGUCAGUCGGGCAUGGGCUUAUGAAACAGGUCUGGUCACUGGUGUCGAACUUGAUCCUAGGAUACCUAUCAACGAAUAUUACGAAUAUUUUGGCCCAGACUAUGAACUAGAUGUUAAAGCAUCGAACACAGAGGAUCUGAAUACACCAGAAUAUCUGGAACGGGUCAAAAACAUCAUUAUGGAUAACUUGAGGCAUCUGAGAGGACCCCCAAGUGUUCAAUUGACAGAUAUUCCGAGGAUACCUGUGGAUGACUUUAUGGAUGAUAUCGAUAGAGAUGAAGAUCUUACAUCGCAGGAUAUUGAUAUUCGGCGAUCGUUGCGGCUACUAGAUUCUCGAAGACAGGAUGACGGAGAGUUGUCCGACUCCGACGACGAAGGAGAAGGUGGACGAAGGAAUCAUAUUCGACAUGAUGAGCGUGAUAGCCCAAGUAGCAGAAGCAGGUCUAGCUGUCGGGAGAACAUGGGUGGUCGGAAGUUUGGUAUUGGUGUCGGUAUAAUGACUUCUGGUCAAGCCGGCUCUACUCAUGGCGCAGGACCCAGUGGGUAUACAACUGCCAUCCCUGUGAUGGCCGGAUAUACCAAUGAGGACCUGAUGGACAUCGAUGAUGACUUGGACAACGAGGAGAGCCAUGCAGUCACUGGUGGUACUGUUCAUUUCUGUGGGUCAGAGAAAUGACUCAAGACGUGAAGAUUUGUUUUCAAAGUAUGAAGUUUAUGCAUAUUAUGGUAUCUUUAAAGUGAGAGGUUCAUAUAUAUACCAUUUCUUAUCUCUCAGUCCUUGAUAAUUACAUGGAAGCAACUUUGAGUGCAUUUGAGUGC